GCUAGAGCGGAAGCUGUCGCGCUGCGCUCGUCACGCGCCGCGCCGCCGCUGGGUGCGUGCGUCAUUUCCGGUGUCGCGGACGCGGGUAGCCAACGUCCUGCAGAGCAACAUGCCCAAGUUUUACUGUGACUACUGCGACACAUACCUCACCCAUGACUCUCCGUCUGUGAGAAAGACACACUGCAGUGGCAGAAAACACAAAGAGAAUGUCAAAGACUACUACCAGAAAUGGAUGGAAGAGCAGGCGCAGAGCCUGAUUGACAAGACAACGGCUGCAUUUCAGCAAGGAAAGAUCCCUCCCGCUCCAUUCUCUGCCCCGCCUCCUGCAGGGGCCAUGAUCCCACCUCCUCCCAGUCUCCCGGGUCCUCCUCGACCUGGAAUGAUGCCAGCACCCCACAUGGGAGGCCCUCCUAUGAUGCCAAUGAUGGGUCCUCCUCCUCCUGGAAUGAUGCCCGUGGGUCCCGCUCCUGGAAUGAGGCCACCUAUGGGAGGCCACAUGCCAAUGAUGCCCGGGCCGCCAAUGAUGAGACCUCCUGCUCGCCCCAUGAUGGUGCCCACUCGGCCUGGAAUGACUCGACCAGACAGAUAAGGAUGGAAGGAGGCUUAUAUCUCGGCUCUGUAUUAUUUUCUUUUCUGUGUAGAUCGUGGUGCUUGACUGUUUUCCAGCAGCAUGGUGAGCAAGACCUGCUCCCCUUCAUAGCAGAGAAUAGUUUUGGAGGGAGAAAGGGACAAAAAAGUACAGUUAUCAUUUGUAUUGUGAAAUGUGAAAAUAAAAUUGUCAGCUCUUUUAGUUAA